CACCGGUUCUUCCUGACGUGGCGAGCCGCUAAAGGUCCCGCGUCUUCCCCCGUGGGCCGCUUCUAUUGGGCGCCGACUUGGUUUGACAACAUUCCCCAAAGAAUGUAAAUACACAGGUGGCCAAAGAGUUUGGAUGCAAAUAAAGCAGAAGUGAAACCGAGUUUCCGGUUUCAAGGCGCCGCCAAAAAGUUCAGAGGCAAUGUCGGUGCUGUAAUAAAGAUCGAAGGAGACAUGCCGCAGCUGAGUCCCGCCGCCGCGCUGCAGAUCGCGCUGCUGCUCUCCGCCGUGCCCGCGCAGUACUACCUCUGCAGGUGGAGCGGCUCCACGGCGGCGAGGCGCUACCACGCGACCUCACGGUUGCUUCGCAUAUGGAAGGAAUGGAGAUCCUCCUACCUGAAUGGAAGUGCAUGGAUGGACUGGACCAGUGAACAGAUGUCCAGAUUCAGGAGUCUGGUCGGCUUGGAGCAGGAAGAUCAGGAGUCGGCAGCUUCACCGCCGAUGGAGUCCAUGCUUAUUGACAACGAUCAGGGAUUCUUUGGAGCCUCGAAGGCUGUGCGCAGCCCCCGCCCUCCGUACGUGUUCCUGCGCGUCGGGGAGGUGGUGAUGGAGAGGAAAGGCCACAUGGUGGGGGUGGUGGUGAGCUGGGACCCUGAACUCCGAGCUCCACCUGAGUGGACCGACAGAAUGUUUUCCGACUCGCAGGGCAUGACAGUGGAAAAGACGCCUCAUUAUAAAGUUCUGUUCGGUGGACCCGGCCCUUCCUCACUCAUGGUUGCAUAUUUACCCCAAACGCAGCUGGAGCGAGUCACCGGGAUGAAGCCCGACAUCCCCACCCUGGAGAAUUACUUCACCCACUACGACGGGACGCGGUUCGUCAUGCAGCCCUGGCUCCGGGCGCUCUUCCCCGAAGACGAGAGCGAGGACUGAGUCUACAGCAACGUCAGCAGAGACUUUCCUCGCCGAUGUUCUUCCACUUGGCCUCAAAUCGUAACAGAAAAAAAAAAAAAAAAGAAUUCUGCAGCUCUUCUAGGAAUUAUUGAUUCAAGUUUUGCAGUUCAGGGAAAAAAAUGGUUUUAAUUUAGCCUUAAAAGGCAGUAAUAAUGGUGUUAAAGAGGGAAAUAUUGCACACAAAAAAAAAUCAGUGUUUCAAUAUAAAAUAAAGGACAAAUUCAUGGUUUGACU